UAUGAAUGCUGGGACGGUCCAUUCUUCGCUCUCUUUUCCGCCAUCUUUGUUUCACGUGUGUGUAGAUUCUGUAGAAAGUCCAGGUAAAAUAGCAUAUCCCACUUUUCAGCUGUUAAAAAAUGCAAUAAAACUGUCAAAAAAUACUUAACAUUAUGUAUUACUUAUUUAGAUCACAAAAGAAAAUGCAGAACGAAGCUGGAGAAUACGUUGAUAUGUACACUCCACGAAAAUGGUAGGUGAACCAUUAUGCUCGUGUUUGAUCUUUCCAUAGUUAAUGGAGGUGACUUAACUAUGAUCUUUCAAGUUAACGAGUUCCUGAGUCAUUUUACUUUACCGCCUUGCGCAUUUACAUUUAGAGAUAGGUAAACCUUCGAAGGUGUUAAAUUUUUGUUAUCGAACCUUUGUAUCUCUUGAACUCCGAAUGGAAGUGGCAAAUUUUAGAACGGAAAAAUGUCAUUUUACACGUGUUUUAUAUACGCAUGUUGUUUUCUCUUCAGCUCCGUCACCAACAGUGUGAUUGCAGCAAAGGAUCAUGCUUCUGUGCAGAUUAACGUUGGAGAGGUAAAACUUGCAAUACUGUUAGUACUGUGUCAUAGUCUUUAAUAUAGGAUGCCACUUAUGACAAAAAGAUUAAUAAGUAAAUAUGAAGAAGAACCCAAAUAUUCGCAUUAGACCAUGAAUAUUGGUAUCAAGAUAAGAAUAUGGGUAUUAUAAAUCCAACCUAAUUAUAUUUUUGCAUCAAUAUAUGCACGUUAUGGGGAUGAUGCAUGCAUACCUAUACGUAAGGAACUAUUAUGUCAUAACAUGAACACAUCCUUUAUUUAGAAUGCGUCUGUCAGUCAUCUGAUGUAGUUGUAUCGUAAUAGAAGGAUGCAUCUCUCAGUCAGUCAUCCAAUACAGGUGUUAAAUCAAUGAUAUCCCUCCAGUAAAAUACUAAUAAAUGUUCUAAGCUAGGACUUGUAGUUAGAUAUGAAAAACCACUAUAAAACCACCCUAGGGAAGUGGCCAAAAAAUAUAUGGAAACAUAUUCCCCUACUAAUGCAGUGGCACAUAAAACCCUGGGGAAAGGGAUCAAGGAAAAUACAUUACAAUGUUACAUAAACUACUCCAAAAUUAUACUUAUGUAAAAGGGUUCUUGUCUAAAUACCUAAAUUCAUAACCUAUAUACCAAAAUUAGAAACGUUAUUCCAAAACAUACAGAUCUGAGAGACAUAACAAAAUAAAAUGUAGAAAAGGAAAACUAUCAGAAGGACUGAGCUGAUGUAGAAUGGCACUAGUCUCAUGCCAAAACCAUAAAUAGCCUGAUACUAUCCCAGGAACACCAGCGCACCUCUAUACCGUGCCGUCAGAAUAUUAAUUUCUGACUAAUUCAUUCCCAUGUCUCUCAAUCAUCAGAAAUUACAUAUUCUGGCAUGGCAUACUGACUUUCUAAAAUCUUNAAAAAGAUUAAUAAGUAAAUAUGAAGAAGAACCCAAAUAUUCGCAUUAGACCAUGAAUAUUGGUAUCAAGAUAAGAAUAUGGGUAUUAUAAAUCCAACCUAAUUAUAUUUUUGCAUCAAUAUAUGCACGUUAUGGGGAUGAUGCAUGCAUACCUAUACGUAAGGAACUAUUAUGUCAUAACAUGAACACAUCCUUUAUUUAGAAUGCGUCUGUCAGUCAUCUGAUGUAGUUGUAUCGUAAUAGAAGGAUGCAUCUCUCAGUCAGUCAUCCAAUACAGGUGUUAAAUCAAUGAUAUCCCUCCAGUAAAAUACUAAUAAAUGUUCUAAGCUAGGACUUGUAGUUAGAUAUGAAAAACCACUAUAAAACCACCCUAGGGAAGUGGCCAAAAAAUAUAUGGAAACAUAUUCCCCUACUAAUGCAGUAGCACAUAAAACCCUGGGGAAAGGGAUCAAGGAAAAUACAUUACAAUGUUACAUAAACUACUCCAAAAUUAUACUUAUGUAAAAGGGUUCUUGUCUAAAUACCUAAAUUCAUAACCUAUAUACCAAAAUUAGAAACGUUAUUCCAAAACAUACAGAUCUGACAGACAUAACAAAAUAAAAUGUAGAAAAGGAAAACUAUCAGAAGGACUGAGCUGAUGUAGAAUGGCACUAGUCUCAUGCCAAAACCAUAAAUAGCCUGAUACUAUCCCAGGAACACCAGCGCACCUCUAUACCGUGCCGUCAGAAUAUUAAUUUCUGACUAAUUCAUUCCCAUGUCUCUCAAUCAUCAGAAAUUACAUAUUCUGGCAUGGCAUACUGACUUUCUAAAAUCUUUGUUAAAUACAGAUUGAUGAAACUGGACGAUACACUGGCACUUUCAAAACAUAUGCCUUGUGUGGGAAGAUCAGACAAGAGGUGGGGGAAUUAAUUGCCUUUCAAAAUUGUUCUUGUUAUUGAUUUUUCCAGAGCACGCACCAGCAUUUUUGCAAUUGCCCUGAAGCAAUCUUUACCUGUCUGACUGCGUCGUGAAAUUUUCAUCACUAACUGCUUUUGAUCUGAAAUUUGUCUAGACACAGUAAAAAUCUAUAACCAUGGCAAUGAUAGACAGAAACUUUCUGAAAUCAGUUAUAAAGUCAGUUGAAAAAAAAAAAAACAUUGACCAUUGUCAUAAGGUUGCUGUUAUUUGUUAACAAAAAAUGGCAUCUGUGUGAAUGGAUAGGGUCAUCCAUUCAAAUAAAAUUGUGUUUUAUUAUUUCACAAAUAUAACUAAAUCAACACUGAAGUUUCUUGCCAAAAUUAAGGAGUAAUGUUCUGCCUAUUGUUGGUGUGAAUGAAGCAUUAGUUAAUUAAAAGAGUAACCUUUAAGACCCUUUGUCACUUCUUAUGGAGCAAAAAAUUCCAUCAAGACAUCUGAAAGGCCUUUUGCUUGCAGAAGCAUUCCUUUCAAUCUUCUGUUCAUAUUCAAGCUGUUUUUAUUAGUACACGUACAGUUUUUAAAGUACUUGCCGCCAUGUUGGAGGGCAUACUCUUGCCCUCCAACAUGGCAGCCAAAACUACUUUUUGCUUAUAUCUUGUCAAACGUUUGAUAGUUAUGCUCAGAUGUGCUGCAAACGUUACCACAUCAUCUUUUCAACACUUUCCUUGAAGUUUAAGUGCAAAAUUUGUGUUCAGAAAGAGGUAAUUCAUAAUUUUAAGAAUCACAUUUAGAAAAUGGUGCUGGUGUGAAAAACCAAAUAACUAUUAUUUCGCUUAAGAUAUGACCCACUAAUCAUUUUUCAAAGGCAAAAUCAUAUAACUUUUAUUUUCAUAAAAACAAUGUCACAUGACCUUUAAGUGCAAAUGGCCUAUUGUGCUGGUGUCGAGGCUAGUUUUUAUCUCACAAGUGCUGAAAUUAUCCAAAUUUGUUUUCUUUAUUAUAAUUAUUUCAUUAUCAUCAUUAUUAUUAUUUAUAAUGUAUUUCACCCAUUGUUCUGAAAGCUAGUUAACUUAUUGUUUCAUUUAUGUAGGGUGAGGCUGAUGAUGCUCUGACCAGGUUGUGUUGCAAACAUGGCAUCAUAAACAAGUAUGUUUAUCCUCACUCUUAA